AUGGCAUUAGCUCGACACGAGCGUGAUGCUCAGUUAGUAGCGACAUGGCGACGGGGUCGAGUACGAGUACCCGUCCAAAUGGAUGAGGCGCCUGCAGGUUCCUCGUCAAAAUCUAGGAGUCGGAUGGCUCAGGCGUCUUCUUCCCGUGAGGAUGAGGAACGGGCGACCAUAAAAUUCAUGAACCAUGCGCAAAAAAUAUUUGAUCUGUUUAAACCACGGGCUCAGUGGUUUAAUGAUGUUGUAGUUAGGAGCAGGCUUGGUGGGUUAUGCAUGACCGGAUAUAGUACCAUUAGCCAUGGCAUGCAGGGGGCUUUUGUUGAACGGUGGCACAAGGAGACAUAUUCUUUCCACUUUCCUGUUAGGGAGUUGACGAUCACUUUACUCGAUGUGGCCUGUCUGCUCCACCUGCCGAUCAAAGGGAGGUUACUGGACCAUUCUCGGAUACAGAGGGUUAAGGCCAUAGAGUUGAUGGUGGACUAUCUUGGUAUGGAGCCAAACAUGGCGGAUUAUGAGUGCAAAGCGACGAGUGGGGCGCAUAUCCGAUUCUCCAACUUGAAAGAGCUUUAUGAGAACCACUUGGUGGCGGCAGCGGAGUCCAAGCAAGAGGGUGACAGGAUUUUUACUGAGUAUCACCAUGGUUGCGCUCUGCGGUGUUGGUUCAUGUUCUUGGUAGGCAGUGCUCUCUUUAUGGACAAAAGUGUAACCUACGCCGACAUGACUUAUCUUCGGUACUUUAUUGAUCUGACUACAGUUCACGAGUGGAACUGGGGGGCCGCCAGUAUGGGCUGGAUCAUCUGA